UUUUUGGUAGCGACCAUACUGCCGCCUUUUGCAUACUGGAAUUAGAACCGUGGUGGAGAAGGCAGGAUUGCAGAACUGCACCCUCCUUUUUGGAGGGGCGUGUGGUCCGGGACAGCCGGCGGGGCAGCCUCUUGGGCGCCAAACUCAGCUGCCCCGUGGUCCCCUCUUCGAAAAGGGACCAAGGGAACUCGACCGUGGUGACCGCUCAGAGUGUCUGCGAGGUCGUGGAGGCGGGAGCGGGCUGCUGCUGGCCGGCUUUUGUGAAACAGCAGUGAGGGUGCUGGCGAUUUGUCUUUGCGCCUUGGGAUAAACCCUGGGCAUGUUCCCGUCAUAGCCGUACACGGGAGGAGCCUCCCAGGGUGCAGAACCAUCCGCUUUUUCCGAAGAAGUCUUCUUCCCGGGUGGGCACGUGGAGCCCAAUCUAAAGCCUGCCGCCCGCAUACGAGUCCGGAGUUCACCAGCGAAUCUCGCUGCUGAGCGGAACAGAGGGGCAGGGAAAGCUGGGCUGCGCCGAGAACCGACCAAUCUUGCCGCUGCGACUGCCCUGCCGGAGGGCAGGGGACCCAGACCUGGAGGAGACAAGCGCUGGGGGCGCCUGCGGGCCCCGUGGCCUCCGGGGUCUCGGAGAAGACAGUUUUCUGCUCAGCCAUGAUGGUGGAUCUGUGAUAUGCUCCACCCUGGACUCUAAGCCAUGACCUAGUCCAUCUCUCGGGCAGCAGCAGCAGCAGCUCUGACCACGGCAGGAACUGACUUGGGAGAGCAGCUACCCUGAGGGUUGAUGGCUGGAAUGUCUCGGCUACCGCCCAGCAUGUACUGGUGUGUGGGGCCAGCAGGGUCAGCUGUGUGUCCAGGACGCGCCAUGGAGACCCAGGACAACGGUGCCGGGGACAUGGGCAGCAAACUCUCUGUGCCAGGCAGUGAGCCCACAGUGCAGGGCCCGAGGACGGAAGGCAUUCAUGCUGCAUACAGGCGAGGCGACAUCAGCAGAGCCCAGCACCUGCUCCGAGAAGCUUGUGACGAGAGCACAUCCCAGCUGGAAAAGGGCCAGCUCCUGAGCAUCUCUGCAGCCUAUGGUGACCUGGAGACCGUCCGGUAUCUUCUCACUGAGAGGCUGGUGGAGCUACCAACGGAGCCCACCGAUGACAACCCCGCCGUGGUGGCAGCACAGUUUGGGCACACCGAUGUCGUUCAGGAGCUACUCGAGUCUUUGCCAGGUUCCUGCAGCCCCCAGCGGCUCUUGAACUGGAUGCUGGCCUUGGCCUGCCAGCAGGGCCACCUGGCAGUAGUGAAGCUCUUGGUCCUGCGCCACGGGGCCGACCCCGAGAGCUGCGCAGUCAGGAAGAAUGAGUUCCCAGUCAUCGUGCGCCUGCCGCUGUACGCGGCCAUCAAGUCAGGGAAUGAAGAUAUUGCCAUAUUCCUGAUUCGGCAUGGAGCCUUUUUCUGCUCCUACAUUUUACUGGACAGUCCUGACCCCAGCAAACAUCUCCUCAGGAAGUAUUUUGUUGAAGCAAGCGCUUUGCCCAGCAGUUGUCCAGGAAAAAUGGCUCUUCGUGUGAAAUGGUCCCACCUCAAGCUGCCCUGGGUGGAUCUGGACUGGCUCAUCGACAUCUCCUGCCAGAUCACCGAGCUGGAUCUUUCUGCCAACUGCCUGGCGUCCCUCCCCUCGGUCGUCCCCUGGGGCCUUAUCAACCUCCGGAAGCUGAACCUCUCUGACAACCACCUGGGGGAGCUGCCCAGCGUGCAGUCAUCAGAUGAAAUCAUCUGUUCCAGGCUACUUGAAAUAGACAUUUCCAGCAACAAAUUGUCCCACCUCCCACCAGGAUUCCUGCAUCUCUCAAAACUUCAAAAACUGACAGCUUCAAAAAACUAUUUGGAAAAAUUGUUUGAAGAAGAGAGUGCCACGAACUGGAUUGGUUUACGGAAGCUACAGGAGCUCGAUGUUUCUGACAACAAACUGACAGAACUCCCUGCACUUUUCCUCCAUUCUUUCAAAUCACUCAAUUGUCUAAACGCCUCCAGAAAUAACCUGAGGGCGCUUCCAGAUGCCUGGGCUUGUCCUUUGAAAUGUUGCAAAGCAUCCAAAAAUGCCCUGGAGUCUCUACCAGACAAAAUGGCUGUGUUUUGGAAGAACCACCUGAAGGAUGUGGACUUCUCAGAAAAUGCACUGAAAGAAGUUCCCUUGGGACUUUUCCAGCUUGAUGCCCUCAUGUCCUUGAAGUUACAGGGAAACCAGCUGGUAGCCCUCCCACCUCCAGAGAAGUGGACCUGCAGGCAGCUCAAAGCCCUGGAUCUCUCCAGAAAUCACUUUGGCAAAAACGAAGACGUCCUUAAAACAAAGCGCAUUUCCUUUUUCACCACCAGAGGCCGCCAGCGUUCGGGGACGGAGGCAGUGUGUGUACUGGAAUUUCCUGCUUUCCUGAGUGAGUCUUUGGAAGUCCUUUGUCUGAAUGACAACCACCUGGAUGCAGUCCCACCUUCAGUUUGCCUACUGAAGGGCUUAUCAGAACUCUACUUGGGAAACAAUCCUAGCCUCCGAGAGCUCCCUCCUGAGCUGGGGCAGCUGGGCAACCUCUGGCAGUUGGACAUUGAAGACCUGAAUAUCGGCAACGUGCCUGCAGAGAUCAGAAAAGAAGGCCCCAAAGCGAUGCUGUCUUACCUGCGUGCUCAGCUGCGAAAAGCAGAGAAGUGCAAGCAGAUGAAGAUGAUCAUCGUGGGUCCGCCGCGUCAGGGCAAGUCCACCCUCCUGGAGAUCUUACAGACGGGGAGGGCCCCCCAGGUGGUACACAGCGAGGCCACCAUCAGGACCACCAAGUGGGAGCUGCAGAGGCCGGCUGGCUCGAGAGCCAAGGUUGAGUCUGUGGAGUUCACCGUCUGGGACAUCGGCGGCCCCGCCAGCAUGGCCACGGUCAACCAGUGCUUCUUCACAGACAAGGCCCUGUAUGUGGUGGUCUGGAACCUGGCUCUGGGGGAGGAGGCCGUGGCCAGCCUUCAGUUCUGGCUGCUCAACAUCGAGGCCAAGGCCCCAAACGCCGUGGUGCUGGUGGUGGGAACACACCUGGACUUAAUUGAAACCAAAUUCCGCGUGGAGAGGAUCGCCACUCUGCGCGCCUACGUGCUGGCCCUCUGCCGCUCGCCCUCUGGGUCCAGGGCCACUGGCUUCCCGGACAUCACGUGUAAACACCUACACGAACUCUCCUGUAAGAGCCUGGAAGGUCAGGAAGGGCUGCGGCAGCUCAUUUUCCAGGUCACUUGCAACAUGAAGGACGUGGGCAGCACCAUAGGCUGCCAGCGACUUGCAGGGAGGCUGAUCCCCAGGAGCUACUUGAGCCUCCAGGAGGCCGUGCUGGCGGAGCAGCAGCGCCGCAGCCUGAGUGACGACGUGCAGUACCUGACGGACCGGCAGCUGGAGCAGCUGGUGGACCAGAUGCCCGGCAGCGACAUCCGGGACUAUGAGGACCUGCAGUCUGCCAUCAGCUUCCUCAUCGAAACGGGCUCCCUGCUGCACUUCCCGGACACCAGCCACGGCCUGAGGAACCUCUACUUCCUUGACCCCAUCUGGCUGUCCGAGUAUCUGCAGAGGAUCUUCAACAUCAAGGGCUCCCGGUCGGUGGCCAAGAACGGGGUGAUCAGGGCCGAGGACCUGCGCUUGCUGCUGCUUGGCACUGGCUUCACGAAGCAGACGGAAGAGCAGUAUUUCCAGUUCCUGGCCAAAUUUGAGAUCGCCCUGCCCGUCGCCAACGACAGCUAUCUCCUGCCUCAUCUCCUUCCAUCCAAACCCGGCCUGGACACCCACGGCAUGCGGCACCCCACAGCCAACACCAUUCAGAGAGUGUUUAAGAUGAGCUUCGUUCCAGUUGGCUUCUGGCAGAGGUUUAUUGCACGGAUGCUGAUCAGCUUGGCAGAGAUGGACCUCCAGCUGUUUGAAAACAGGAAGAACACUAAGAGCAGGCACAGGAAAGUCACCAUUUAUAGUUUUACAGGAAACCAGAGAAAUCGUUGCAGCACAUUCAGAGUGAAAAGGAACCAGACCAUCUAUUGGCAGGAGGGGCUCCUGGUCACUUUUGAUGGGGGCUACCUCAGUGUGGAAUCCUCGGAUGUGAACUGGAAAAAGAAAAAAAGUGGAGGAAUAAAAAUCAUGUGCCAAUCAGAAAUAAGGGACUUCUCGGCAAUGGCUUUUAUCACAGACCAUGUCAACUCCUUGAUUGAUCAGUGGUUUCCUGCCCUGACAGCCACGGAAAGUGACGGGACCCCACUGAUGGAGCAGUAUGUGCCCUGCCCAGUCUGCGAGGCCUCCUGGGCUCAGCACAGCAACCCCAGUGAGAGGUCAGAGGACGUGCAGUACUUCGACAUGGAAGACUGCGUGCUGACAGCCAUCGAGCGGGACUUCAUCUCCUGCCCCAGGCACCCUGACCUCCCAGUGCCUCUCCAGGAGCUGGUCCCCGAGCUGUUCAUGACCGACUUCCCGGCCAGGCUCUUCUUGGAGAACAGCAAGCUGGAGCACAGCGAGGAUGAGAGCGCCGUCCUGGGCCAAGGUGGGAGUGGCACCGUCAUCUACCGGGCCAGGUACCAAGGCCAGCCUGUGGCUGUGAAGCGAUUCCAGAUCAAGAAAUUCAAGAACUUUGCAAAUGCCCCUGCAGAUACCAUGCUGAGGCACCUGCGGGCCACCGACGCCAUGAGGAACUUCUCGGAGUUCCGGCAGGAGGCCAGCAUGCUGCACGCCCUGCAGCACCCCUGCAUUGUGUCCCUCAUCGGCAUCAGCGUCCACCCGCUCUGCUUCGCGCUGGAGCUCGCCCCGCUGGGCAGCCUCAACACCGUGCUGUCCGAGAAUGCCAGAGAUUCCUCCUUUAUGCCCCUGGGACACAUGCUCACCCAAAAAAUAGCCUACCAGAUAGCCUCUGGCCUGGCCUACCUGCACAAGAAAAACAUCAUCUUCUGUGACUUAAAGUCCGACAACAUCCUGGUCUGGUCUCUGGACAUCAAGGAGCACAUCAACAUCAAGCUGUCCGACUACGGCAUCUCCCGGCAAUCGUUCCACGAGGGCGCCCUCGGUGUGGAGGGCACUCCCGGCUACCAGGCCCCGGAGAUCCGGCCUCGCAUCGUGUAUGACGAGAAGGUAGACAUGUUCUCCUAUGGGAUGGUGCUCUACGAGUUGCUGUCAGGACAGCGGCCCGCACUGGGCCAGCACCAGCUUCAGAUCGCCAAGAAACUGUCCAAGGGCAUCCGCCCAGUUCUGGGUCAGCCAGAGGAAGUGCAGUUCCAUCGACUGCAGGCGCUAAUGAUGGAAUGCUGGGAUACGAAGCCCGAGAAGCGACCACUGGCCCUGGCGGUGGUGAGCCAGAUGAAGGACCCGACCUUUGCGACCUUCAUGUACCAACUGCCCUGCGGGAAGCAGACGUCCUUCUUCUCAUCCCAGGGCCAGGAGUAUAUGGUGGUGUUCUGGGAAGGCAAGGAGGAGUCCAGGAACUACACGGUGGUGAACACGGAGAAGGGCCUUCUGGAAGUGCAGCACAUGAGCUGUGCGGGGAUGAAGCUGAGCUGCCAACUCAAGAUCCAGAACUCGCUAUGGACAGCCACCGAGGACCAGAAGAUCUACAUCUACAGCCUCAAGGGCAUGUGUCCACUGAACACACCCCAGCGGGCUUUGGACACCCCGGCCAUCGUCACCUGCUUCUUGGCGGUACCUAUUAUAAAAAAGAACUCCUACCUGGUGCUGGCGGGCCUGGCGGACGGCCUGGUGGCGGUGUUCCCGGCUGCGUGGGGCGCCCCGGACCCCGGCUGCUCCUACCUCUGCUCACACACGGCCAACAGGGCCAAGUUCAGCAUCCCCGAUGAGGACGCCCGGCAGAACCCCUACCCCGUGACAGCCAUGGAGGUGGUCAACAGCGGGUCCGAGGUCUGGUACAGCAACGGGCCAGGCCUACUAGUCAUCGACUGCGCGGCCCUGGAGAUCCGCCGGCGGCUGGAGCCCUACACGGCGCCCUCGGUGGUCACGUCUGUGGUGUGCGGCUCAGAGUGCCGCGGCGAAGAGGUGGUGUGGUGCCUGGACGACAGGGCCAACUGCUUGGUGAUGUACCACUCGGCGACCUACCAGCUCUGCGCCCGCUACUUCUGCGGGGACCCCAGCCCCACUGGGGACGUGUUUCCCGUGCGCCCGAUGGGCCCACCUCCCCUGGACAGCCCUGUGGCCAGCCCGAGGGAGCCCGCGAGGGGCUCCAUCGCCGACGUGAGCUUCAUGUUCAGCGAGGAGCUGGGCACGCAGAUCCUCACCCACCAGGACUCGCUGACUGACUACUGCUCCCUGUCCAGCCUGCCCUGCUCCCCGGCGAGCUCUUCUAGCUUGCCCUUCUCCGCUGACUGCGAGGACACCAGCCAGCUGCCCGAGCCCGCCACGGGCUCCGACAGGUCGGCGCAUGACCUGAGCCCCGUGGAUGGCGAGGCGUUCAGCCAGCACCUGCAGGCUGUGAAGAUCCUCGCCGUGAAAGACGUCAUCUGGGUCCCCAGGCGCGGUGGAGAUAUCAUCGUCAUUGGCCUGGAGAAGGAGGCAGGAACUCAGCGGGGCCGCGUGAUUGCUGUCUUGAAAGCCCGAGAGCUGACUCCACACGGGGUUCUCACGGAUGCUGCUGUGGUGGCAAAGGACACAGUUGUGUGCGGCUUUGAGAACGAAAAUCUGGAAUGGUGCCUGGCUGUCUGGAGGGGCUGGGGCACGCAGGAGUUUGACAUUUUCUACCAGUCCUACGAGGAGCUGGGCCGACUGGAGGCAUGCGUGAGGAAGAGGAGGUGAUUCCUGCGGGUUGAGCGUUCCCUGGCCACGGCCAGCGUGGGCCCGCAGCCUGACCUCUCUGCCUGCAGCCCGCAGCCCUCUGAGGACCCGACAGGCAGGCUGGGUUGUCCUCCGAACCACUUGCUGCUAAGACGUGCUGAGAAGACCCCACCCCACUGGGGGUUUAAGUGUUCUCCUGUUCCAGGGCACAGUUCCCUGGGUACCCGCCCCCCCGCCCAGUGCUGGUUUUACAGCCCCAGGGAAGGCAGUGGGCAGAACUGAUUGGGCCCCUGCCCCCUCCGUCCACUCUCAGGGCUGGGCCUGGCUGGCCUUGUGGGCCUCCCCACUUUCACCCCCAGGCCUGGGGUGGAAUUACACUAGGGCCCUCAGUCGGGGAGCAGCUCAGGGCAGGGCGGGAGGAGGGCUGUGACCCCUGCCCCUUCCCCUGGCAGCUCCCCGGCUCUCAGCACGUUUCUCAAGCUCCUGGGUCCCCGGGGCCUGGGGGCCCCGCUUGGGCAGGCGGAGAUCAGAUGUCUCCCGCUUGGGAAAGCCUGUGUGUGAAAAGCCUCGGAAGGACCCCGAGAGGAGCACUGCCUGGCGUGGGGAUGAAUGGGCUCCUUUAAGUGACCGGCCGGGAAGCCAAGAGCCGCACAGGGCGGAGCGCGCCUCAGCCGCUGCAUUCUUCUCCUACCGACAGAAGGCAGGAGAGACUCCAUCAGCAGGACUUGAGAAAGGGCCUGUGUUUACAGCUUUGUGAAAUAAACUCAGACACAGCUGCAGCAUAAACCCUGUUUGUUUGCACAUAAUAAGCUUUUCUAUUACUUUAACAUAUUAAAUCAUAUCUCAAUGGUUAGACCUCUUAUUGUGAAAUCACAUCAUAUGGGACUUAUAUCAAAUUAUCUGUUUGCUAAACAGUACAGCAGAAUAAAAAAAAAAGUGAAAUUGUCAAAGGGAGAUGUAUGGGUAUGACAGCAAGAACUUUCAUAAAGGAUGCACACACUUGUGUGUACACACGCAUGCAUUCACAUUCACAUCACCACCAAGAGUAACUGUUUGAGGCUGCUUAACCCAGAACAGGAGUGGGAACCUGAGAUCAUCCUCCAGUGCAAACUGUUGACUUUUUUCUAAAAUUAAAUUAUAAAAAUCAAACUUUAGAUUUUGCUGGGGUAUGUAGGCAAAUGUGAUUCCUUUUAUCUGAAAAUAAACAAACUCUGAAGAUGAA